AUGGCCGUGGUAUGGUCCUGAUCCAGAUUGGGAUAAGGAAUAUAUGAAAGCAGGAGGUGAAAAUUGGUUGCUGAUAGCCCCUCAUUGGUUUCCUUGUAGUGUAACAGGAAAGGUUUUAAAGGGAGCUAAGAAACACCUGGCUAAGAGAAAGGGAACUGUUGACAGUAAUACUAUCCGCUUUCCUAUAGAAGCCCCUCCUGAGAAUCUAUAUCCACCACCAACUGUGCCCCCUACCCAGUCAGCCCCCGGCCAUGCCCAACCACAACCCCCACAUCCCUAUAAAGCAAUGUAUCCUGCUGUACCUAAUGCCCCCUCAGAGGAUGAUAUAGAAGAUAUUUCUAUUGCUGCAGCUGUUAAUUCACAAUCACAGCAAUUACAGGAAUCAUCAUCUACACCAGAUUCUGAUAUAGAAUACCCACCGCCACCUCCUGGUACAAUUAAAUUAACA